GGAAUCCCCGCCGAGCCCUCCCGGCACUCGCUCCAGCUAACCGGGACUCGCCGCCCCGCACCGCCCUCCCGCAGGAAGUCUGUUGAGGAAAAUUCUCCAUGAAUGUACGUCACAAUGAUGAUGACCGACCAAAUCCCGCUGGAGCUGCCGCCGUUGCUGAACGGGGAGGUGGCCAUGAUGCCCCACAUCGUGAAUGGCGAUGGAUCUCAGCAGGUCUUUUUGGUUCAAGUUAAUCCAGGUGAAACCUUUACAAUAAGGGCUGAGGAUGGAACCCUCCAGUGCAUCCAAGGACCAGCAGAGGUUCCCAUGAUGUCACCCAAUGGAUCCAUUCCCCCUAUUCAUGUGCCUCCUGGUUAUAUCUCACAGGUGAUAGAAGACAGCACGGGCGUCCGCAGGGUGGUGGUGACGCCGCAGUCCCCCGAGUGUUUCCCUCCCAGCUACCCCUCGGCCAUCUCGCCCACCCACCACCUGCCCCCCUACCUGGCACAUCAUCCCCACUUCAUCCACAACUCCCACACAGCCUUCUACCCUCCUGUCACCGGACCUGGGGACAUGCCACCACAGUUUUUCCCGCAGCAUCAUCUUCCCCCAACAAUAUAUGGAGAGCAAGAAAUCAUACCACUAUACGGGAUGUCCAGCUACAUCACCAGGGAAGACCAGUACAGCAAACCACAGCACAAAAAACUCAAAGACAGGCAGAUUGACCGCCAGAACCGCCUGAACAGCCCUCCCUCCUCCAUCUACAAGAGCCAUAUAGGCAGCUGCACCACGGUGUACAAUGGCUAUGCCAAGAGCCACAACGGGGCCAGCAGCGGCGGCGGGGCAGCCCCGGCCCUGAAGAAACCGGAGCGCAGAGCAAGGAGCAGCCCAAAGUCAAAUGAACAAGACCCACAUGAAUUUGAUUCAGAAACAAAAAGGGUUCAAGACAUUCUUUCUGGAAUGGAGAAACCACAGGUUACAAAUAUUCAAGCAAGAACAGUUUUGCUGUCCUGGUCACCUCCCACUGGCCUUCUCAAUGCAGAUAGACACAACAACGGUUUGCCUUACACCUGUACCUACGAGGUUGCCUUAUCAGAUAAAGGGAGGGAUGGAAAAUACAAGAUCAUUUACAGUGGAGAAGAAUUAGAAUAUCACCUGAAGGACCUUAGGCCAGCAACAGAUUAUCAUGUCAGGGUAUAUGCAACGUACAACUCAGUCAAAGGAUCCUGCUCAGAGCCAGUCAGCUUCACCACUCACAGCUCAGCACCAGAGAGCCCCUUCCCACCCAAAGCCUCACACAGGACCAAAAGCUCCUUAACCUUGCAGUGGAAGGCACCCAUUGAUAAUGGUUCAAAAAUCACCAGCUACCUUCUGGAGUGGGAUGAGGGGAAGAGGAACAGUGGUUUCAGAGAAUGUUACUUUGGGAGCCAGAAGCAUUGCAAGCUGACCAAGCUGUGCCCGGCUCUGGGCUACACCUUCCGCCUGGCGGCCCAGAACGACAUCGGUACCAGUGGGUACAGCCAGGAGGUGGUUUGCUACACUGCAGGCAAUAUUCCUCAGACCCCUUCUGCACCGCGGCUCUUGCGCGCUGGGGUGACGUGGAUCUCCCUGCAGUGGAACAAAGUAGAGGGAUGCACACCAGAGGAAGUGAUUUCCUACACCCUGGAAAUCCAGGAAGAGGAUAAUGACAGCGUGUUUCACCCAAAGUACACUGGAGAGGAGCAAGCCUGUACUGUGAAGAAUCUCAGAAGAAGCACACAGUAUAAGUUCAGGCUGUUUGCUUCCAACGUGGAAGGGAAGAGUUCUCCCAGCGAGGUGUUGGUCUGCACAACCAGCCCAGACAGGCCAGGACCUCCCACCAGACCCGUGAUCAAGGGGCCGAUAACAUCUCAUGGCUUUAAUGUGAAGUGGGAUCCUCCACAGGAUAAUGGUGGUUCAGAAAUCCUAAAGUAUCUGCUGGAGAUUUCUCAAGGAAGUCCAGAAGCAAACCAGUGGGAAGUGGCCUAUAGUGGCUCAGCCACAGAAUACACCUGUACUCACUUGAAACCAGGCACUUUGUAUAAACUCCGGGCGUGCUGUAUCAGCACUGGUGGACACAGUCAGUGCUCCGAGAGUUUACCUGUCCGCACGCUGAGCGUGGCGCCGGGGCCCUGCCGCCCGCCCCGGCUGCUGGGCAAGCCGAGGCACAGGGAGGUGCAGCUGCAGUGGGAUGUCCCUGAGUCAGAAAGCGGCUGCCCUGUCUCUGAGUACAGCGUGGAGAUGACAGCCCCUGAGGAGGUGGUUUCUGAGGUGUACCACGGCGCUGAGCUGGAGUGCACCGUGGGCAGCCUCCUGCCCGGGGCCACCUACGGGUUCCGCGUGCGGGCCCUGAACGACGGCGGGUACGGGCCAUAUUCGGAGGUGACAGAGGUCACCACAGCAGCGGGACCACCGGGCCAGUGCAGAGCACCUUCCCUGUCCUUCCUGUCCAACACACGAGUCCUGGUCAGCUGGGAGAGUCCUGAAUGUUCUGGUACUGACAUCUCUGAAUACAGAUUAGAGUGGGGAGAAGAGGAGGAAUCUCUACAGCUUGCAUAUAGUGGCACAGAAACCUGCUUUGAAAUCAGUGACUUGUCAGCAGCAACGCAUUACUGCUGCAGGCUACAGGCCAUUAACCAGGCUGGAGCUGGGCCCUGCAGCGAGCUGGUGACCUGCAGAACCCCCGCGGCCGUGCCUGGCGCCGUCUCCACGCUGUCCGUGCUGGAGGACGAGCGCGGGGCUGCCUGCCAGCCCUCACCCUCCGUGUGCCUUGUGCUGAGCUGGGAGGAGCCCAGCAACAAUGGGGCUGAGAUCACAUCCUACAACAUCGACCUGGGAGAUGUCAGCAUCCGCGUGGGCAACGUGACCAGCCACGUCAUCGAGGGCUUGCUGCCCGAGACCUCGUACCGGAUCAGGAUCCAGGCUGUCAAUGAGAUUGGAGCUGGACCUUUUAGCCACUUUAUUAAAGCAAAAACCAGGCCAUUGCCACCCUUACCUCCACGGCUGGAGUGUGCUGCAGCAGGGCCUCAGAGCCUGAAGCUGAAGUGGGGAGACAGCAGCUCCAAGCUCCACUCUGCUGAUGACAUGGUCUACAUCUUGCAGAUAGAGGACAGAAAUAAAAGGUUUAUCCCAAUUUAUAGGGGACCAAGUCACACGUACAAGAUACAGAGGCUGACAGAAUCCACCUGUUACUCGUUCAGAAUACAGGCAGUCAAUGAUGCUGGGGAGGGACCUUUCUCAGAAAUCUGUACCUUCUGCACAACUAAGUCACUCCCACCUGCAAUCAAAGCCCCUCGAGUGACACAGCUGGGAGGAAACUCCUGUGAGGUUACCUGGGAAAUGGUCCCACCCAUGAAGGGAGAUCCUGUUGGUUAUGUUCUGCAGGUACUGGUUGGAAGAGAAUCUGAAUACAAGCAGGUGUACAAGGGAGAAGAAACCACAUUCCACAUCUCAGGCCUUCAGGUGAACACAGACUAUCGUUUCCGCGUGUGCGCCUGCCGCCGCUGCCUGGAGCCGUGGCAGGAGCUGAGCGGCCCCUUCAGCCCGUCGGCGGCGUUCGCGCUGCAGCGCGGGGCCCUGGAGCUGCCGGGCGGGCCGGGCGCCGAGGCCAAGGCCAAGGCCGCCGUGCCCACGGACGAGCAGUUCGCCGCCCUCAUCGUGCUCGGCUUCGCCAGCCUCUCCAUCAUCUUCGCCUGUAUAUUACAGUACUUCUUUAUGAAGUAGGCAAUCCAACCGGAGUUUAAAGUACAGAUUUAACUAAUGCUACGCAUUAUAAUCCACACAUUUAUUCAGAUAUUC